ACCCCAAACUACUGGUGUCGCUCAAUGUCUCCGUCGUCUUCUGAUUUUCCUCCGAAUCGGAGAAGAAAGGCAACCAAAUCCUGGUCCUCCAAAUUCGUGGUUUUCUGAUUCUUCCUGGCGCUGCUUACGCGUACUGCAGCCUGAGCGCGUGGUGCCCUCGAUUGAUUCCGUGGUCUGAUCUUCCACAAAUCGCAAUCUGACGAUGGCAAUGGCAUCGCCGCAGAACCAAUCGGCGAAUUUGGAUCUCUUCCAUGCAUAUUUGCGAUGGGCCGAUUUGGACCGCGAUGGCCGGAUUAGUGGCAAUGAAGUUGUCGCUUUCUUCCAGGGCUCUGGUCACCCAAACAGGUCCUUGCGCAGUUUCUUAUUUUUCACUUUAAAAGGCUUUCAACAACAGCAACUGAUGCCUGGUCCUGGUGCUCGGCACAUGGCACGCCCAGCUGGAGGAAGGUCACCGAAGACAGUUGCUCCUUCUCAUGCUGAGGAAAAGCAGAGGAGGUUAACCCAGAGUAACAGAAUUGGAGAAACAUCUUGUAGAUCAACUGAGUACAGAGGAGGUUAACUCACUGAACUCAAAGUUCAAAGAAGCAACUGAAGCUGAUAAAAAGGUACUUAGAACUUUAAUGUUUCCCCAAUUUUCUCAUCUUGAGCAACAAAGUUAUGUGUGCAUGUUACUUCCUGUUAAGUAUCAAAUCAUAACAAAUAUCCCAGAGAUUUAGGGAAAGAAAUCUUGGAUGCUAGAGAGAAAAUUGAAUAGUUCCGGGUCAAAAUGCAGUUUAGCCAUCAAACUUGUAAUGUAUCUUUUGUAUUUCAUUUCUUUGUGUAUGCAGCUUGCUUUUUCUUCA